UUCACGUGUUUGACUAUUCUGGUGGGCUUUUGUUGGGCCUAGAAUCUUCACCAAUGUGUGUGGGCCAAAGCCCAAGUCUCUUCUUUCCUACGAGGGGAAGGUAGAUGACAUUCUAUCACUUGGCUUCUUCCACAUCGUCAGUCAAUUGGGAUCGGAAGUUCCAGAGCUUGGGUAAUUUCUUCCACCGUAGCCACGCUACUUCAUGAAAAUGGCUUCGUCGAGUUCUGGAUAUGAAUCACUUCACUUUGUUCUGCUGCCUCAUUUGGCCCAUGGCCACUCGAUCCCAAUGAUGGACAUGGCCCGACUAUUAGCCCGCCGCGGCCCCACCGUUACCGUGAUCACAACCCAUCUCAACGCCGUCCGGUCCCAAUCGACGAUUGAUCGGGCCGCCACAUCGGGCCUCAAAGUCCGCCUCCUCGAGGUCCCGUUCCCGUCCUCGGAGGCGGGCCUGCCGGAAGGCUGCGAGAGCAUGGACUCCCUCCCGAACCGGGACUUGUUAAAGAACCUCCUCCUCGGCAUCAGGAUGUUGCGAGAGCCCGUUGAGGAAUUGUUUGGCCAGCUGCAGCCCCGCCCGAGCUGCGUGAUCGCGGACAAGAACAUCAUGUGGGCCCACGAGACCGCUGGCAAGUUUGGGAUCCCGAGGAUCGUGUUCGAUGGGACGAGCUGUUUCUCGCUCCUGUGCACGCAUCGGAUAGUCGAGUCCAAGGUCUACGAGACCGUCCCGGAGGCGGAGCCCUUUGUCGUGCCAGGGCUGCCCGAUCGGAUUGCACUGACCCGAGCCCAGCUUCCCGGCGCAGUUAAUAUAGGCCAGACCGAUACCAAGGAUGUCCGGGAUGAAAUCAGAUCGAAGGAACUCGCGGCUUAUGGCGUUGUUGCAAAUACUUUCGAGGAGCUCGAACCGGCUUAUGUUGAAGAGUUUAGGAAGGUCCGGGGCAGAGUUUGGUGCGUCGGGCCUGUCUCGCUAGUGAAUGAGAACGGCCUGGAUAAGGCUGAGCGAGGCAACAGGGCGGCGAUCGACGAAAGCCACUGCCUGAAGUGGCUCGAUUCACGGGGUCCGAAGUCUGUAAUCUACGCGUGUCUCGGAAGCCUGAGCCGGCUCACCCCGCUGCAGUUGAUAGAGAUGGGCCUAGGCCUUGAGGCAUCGAACAGGCCAUUCAUCUGGGUCGUCCGAGGUGGCCAGGAGUUCGAGGACUGGGUAUCGGAGUCUAGGUUCGAGGAUUGGACCGCAGGCCGAGGCCUACUGGUCCGCGGUUGGGCCCCGCAGGUACUGAUACUAUCCCACCCAGCGGUUGGCGGGUUUCUAACGCACUGCGGGUGGAACUCGACCCUGGAAGGUGUCUGCGCAGGCGUGCCGAUGGUGACAUGGCCGAUGUUCGCCGAGCAGUUCUACAACGAGAAGAUGAUCGUUCAGGUGCUGAGGGUCGGGGUGAGCCUGGGAUCGGAGGUUGCCAUCAAGUGGGGGGAGGAGGAGAAGUUCGGGGCCGUGAUGAAGAAGGAAACGGUGGAGAAGGCCAUAAAAGAGGUGAUGGAUGAAGAAGAGGAGGAAGCUCGAGGGAGAAGGAGGAGAGCCAUGGAGCUUGGACAGAAAGCAAAGAAGGCCAUGGACGAAGGUGGCUCUUCCUACCUCAAUCUGAACCUGCUGAUUGAAGAUAUCAAGCAGCAAGUCAUGGGCCGUUGAUUAAUUCCAUUCCAUGCCUCUCUUUUUGUACAUUGAAUCGCUGCAACAGUUGUUCGUAUGGAUGAUUACAAGAACAUCUGAUUAAAUCUGUUCAUGUGAACGAGCAAUAAUCAAGAUUUACGAAGUGCUUAAAUUUUCUA